AACAAAAUUUAUCUUUUAUCAGGAUGGAUUCACCAAAAACUGUUCCACUUACUCCCACGUUGACCACCAUCUCAUCCACUGUAACUCUUCCCACUUCUCUGUCGGAAUCUCCUUGGGAUUCUUUUUCAGAAUUCGUCGACAACAUACUUUUAGUAGAGCCCAACCAGAGCGAUUAUGGAGCAGCCACGGGAUUUAUUGAGGAUGAAUCCCCUCCUCUUGUAUUUUCUUCUCCAGAGUUGAAUGCGGAAAAUGUUGAUUCAAUGAUUUCGAAAAGGACUCCCAAUUUUGAGUCAUCUAACACUGCACAAAUUGAAGCCUACUGUAACACAGAUCUUGUGGACGAUAUUUUGGCGGAGUUGCAAGAGGCUUAUAAGGAACAAGGGAAUGAAGAUUUAUGUGAACAGGAUGGUAGUGCUAUCUAUCAGGAUUACUCAGAUUUUGUGCCUCGAUCUUUUAAUGAACGGUUAUGCAAUGCUACUUCACAUGGAGCCUAUGAAUGCAAUAGCAAUGAUGCAUUUUGGAGAGCUUUUCAGGUUGGUCAACCCCUACACGGUAUGCGUCAACGUUACCUUCAAUCUAAAGAAGCUGCUGCCAGUGCUCCUCAAAACAAUUUUCCUUCAAAUUAUACAAUCAAUGCUGAGAUGACAACACAAUAUCCAUGCUUGGUUGAGGACACAGAGCUCUCAGUUAUGAACUUUGAAGCAACAUUUAACAACAGAGUACCAGCAGCAGCCAAUUCAUCUCAUUUGGUGCGAACACCACUACGUCCUACAUCUGUUGGCAACCCUCUCUUGCAAGUUCCCAAGCCUUCAGGUAUAGGGUUGCACCCAAAUAGCGUCAUUGAUGUUGCAAUGAAGAAUCAUGUCCCUAUUACAAACUGCUCAGUACAGAACAGGCACGAAAACAAGGCCAUUUCAUUACCAAGUUCCUUCAUUUUGGAGCCCUGCAAUGCUGCUGUCAAAGCCGAGACAUCUGAAACUCCAUAUGACACGAGAGAUUUCAAGAUCAGUAAAGUUCUUCCCAGAAGGAAAAGGAAGAAAAGCUCAGUCAAUAACAAUGGCGAUGAUGCAAAACGUUGCAGCUGCACAAAAUCAAAGUGCUUGAAACUGUAUUGCGAUUGCUUUGCUGCUGGGAUGUAUUGUUCUGAGUCUUGUUCUUGUCAAGGAUGCUUUAACAAUCCAAAAAAUUUACAAACUGUUCUUGAGACGAGGCAUCAAAUUGAAACCCGAGAUCCACUUGCAUUUGCUCCAACGGUUAUCGAGGACCGUAAUGAGCUUCCAGUAAAUAAUGAGAACGGAAGCCUAUCGACUCCAUCCUUAGCUAGACAUAAAAAAGGUUGCAAAUGCAUAAAGUCUAUGUGCUCGAAACAAUAUUGCGAAUGCUUUCAGGCUAAUGUUGGAUGCACAGAGAGAUGUCGAUGCAAUGACUGUAGGAAUGACCAUGGCAAGAGAGAAGCAUCAUAUGAUCUAGUGAACUGCAAUGAAAAGGAACUUAAAUUUCAUGCGACUCCAGAGGUGGUGGCAACUGGAAAAGCUGAUGUUGGAAGCGUGGAAGGCAGCUUGAGUUAUGAACAUGAUAUCUCCCCUUCUGAGUUUUAUAGUCAACGACUCAACUCCCCGCAAACACCAUCGUUUCAAUACUCAGGUUACGAAAAGGAUCCCCUAAAAUCCUGGAUCGUGGCCGGAAUAUUUCGCCCCUCACCCGAAUUUGAUACGGCGAGCUCGUCUUCUCCAGAUUGCUACGACAUGUUUGUAGAAUCAAACACAGACAUAAUGGAUGCAAAUUCUUGCCAAUGGCAGCAGCAGAUCAAUUCAACGCCAUUCAUACCAUCCAAGCCAAAGGGUUGUACAAGCAUGUCACGUAUCGACCAGCUACGCGUUGGAAGUAGUUCACCUGACACGCCCCCAGUUCAGGAAGGGAAGAAGGCGUCCAUUAAUGGAGGCUCACCAGAAACAAAUAUGGCGUUUCCCCCUCAUUAUGGUAACAACGAAUAUGAGGUUGGGAUGAAUAAUUCUUUGGGGAGGAUGGAGCGCCGCAGAUAUAUAUUGAAGUCGAUGCCUCCCUUCCCGCACCUCACCCCACGCGACAGAUGAAGAGCAGCAGCUACCAGUGACUCGAGUGGGAGAUGAUUGAGCCACAAUGCCAAGCCAUUGGAUCAUAAAGGAGCAGUGUAGAUUUGAAUACACAGGUUAGGUAUUAUUUGAA